GUGGAGGUGUUACGAACGGAGCUGGACGAGCCGUGCACGUGCCUCAUCUCCUCCUCCAGCAGGACCGAGGACCUCAGCAGCUUCUCCCUCCUCUACUGCAGAGAGCAAUGCGAGCUGCUCCUGACUGGCCUGGAGGCCUGGGGGUUGCCUAGCCGUGGGUGUGCUGAGUCUGCCGUCCGGGUCCGACUGCUGAGGCAGGUCCCAUCCCACAUCCCCGGGCUCCAGUGCGUGGUCCAGGAGUGGCAAAGCCGGGUGGUGAAGAACUGCAGCAGGCCAGCCUUUGGGGACCGCUUUGUCUGCUCCCUGCAGGAUGCUGAGGUGGAGACGAGCACCCUGAAGCUGGAGGUUCAACGGUUCGACAAAUACUCCAGAAACACGGUGCUGGGAGAAGUCAGGGUCACCCUGAGCGAGCUAAAGGCCUCCCAAAGCUUGGUUUUAUGUGAAGAGCUGCAGGAGAAUACAAAGGACAUUGUGGGAGAAGUGCUUGUGUCCCUAAAGUGCCUUCCCAUCUCUCAGAGGAUAGAGGUCGGGCUGCUCAAGGCCAAAACUACAUUCCCUCGAAGCACUGCAGAUAAGAAUGUAUACGCAAGGAUAGAUUUUUCCUGCAGAAGCCAAGGAAAAAAGCACCAGAAGUCCAGGCCCCGGGCCCACACUCCGCUCAUCAUCUUCAAUGAGACUUUCCUCUUCCACUUGCCUGAGCCUCCAGCGUGGGACUGCACGGUCCUGGUCUCCAUUUAUGAAGCGGACUCGGACCCCAAGCAUCUCGUUGGACAGGCCACCCUGGGGAAGAGAAGAGCGAGUGAAGCAGCUGACCACUGGGACCUCAUGAUAAAGUCCAUCCAGCAGCCCGUAGCUAAAUGGCAUCCUCUGCUCAUUUAG